AUGGUUGUUCCUACCAUCUCACAACCAUGCAACUCAUUUAAGUUUCAAAAGAACAUAAACUACGCAGCAUGCGAAGAUUUGUCUGUUCUUGAAUCCUCGUUACAUUGGAACUAUCACCCAUCGUCAGGUGUAGUCGAUGUUGCAUUCAACAAGGCCAACGCAAAGGACUCAAGCUGGGUUGCAUGGGCCAUCAACCCUACCUCCAAGGGAAUGAUAGGUUCACAAGCAUUCAUGGUUGUUCAUCGACAAGACGGAAACAUCAAAGCAUAUACAUCGCCAAUAACAAGUUAUGCAACUAUGCUACAAGAGGGCAAUCUCAGUUUUCCAGUUUAUAGCAUUUCUGCAUCAUACACAAACAACCACAUCAUCAUCUUUACGAGUUUUCAACUUCCUGUGAAUAAGACUAUGGUAAACCACGUUUGGCAAGAAGGUUUAGUUUCCAAUGAUGGCACUUUAAGGUCUCACUCUUUCGCACGCUCUAAUCUUCAAUCAUACGGAACCAUCGAUUUCAUGUCGGGCAAGAUUUCAGAAUCCGAUGAAGACGUGACCUCGCGAGUCACAUUGAAAAAUGUUCAUGGGAUUUUGAAUACAGUGAGUUGGGGAAUAAUGAUGCCGAUUGGAGUUAUAUUGGGUCGUUACUUGAAGGUAUUUGAAGGUUUAGGAUCUGUUUGGUUUGACUUGCAUCGUGCAUGUCAAUCACUAGCCUUCUUGAUUGGUGUGGUUGGUUUUGUUAGUGGUUUGUAUAUUGGAAAUCAUUAUGGUGUUCAUAAUACUCCUCAUCGAUGCGUUGGAAUCACUCUUAUGUGUCUUGCAUUUAUCCAAGUCUGUGUUGCUGUGUGUCUGAGACCUAAGAAGGAUCACAAGUUGAGAAUAUUUUGGAACAUUUUUCAUUACGUAGUUGGCUAUGCAACUAUUGCCAUGGGCAUUUGGAAUGUGUUGAAAGGUUUUGACGUUCUGAAUGCUCAAACUAUUUGGAAGAAGAACUAUUUGGGCAUAAUCAUAUCAUUGGGUAUAAUUGUCGUCAUUUUAGAAAUCAUAAAGUGGAUUCUGGCUUGCAACAAGAAGAUAAACAAGAACUCUGAGGAACAUAUCCAUAUUCGUCAACAACAUACCUAG